CGAAUUCGAACCCCUCUCCGUCUUUCUCCGGUCUUGAGACCGCAGCUUGGCGAGAGGCUCUCCUUGGUGUUGUCGAUAGCGAGAUGGCGUCGAGGCAGAUGGAGGAGAUCCAGAGGAAACUGGAGCUGAUUAGUUGCCCGCGACCCAACGCCCCCGCCCAAUCCCUCCUCUUCGCCGGUGUCGAGCGAUACGCCCUCCUGGAAUGGCUCUUCUUCAGGCUUUUGGGUGACAGGUCGCCGUUUACUCAACAGAACUGGCAAGGAAAUAGCAUGGACAGGGAUGAGGAGAAUACUCGAAUUCAACACUUGGCUGAGAUAGCAAGCUUCUUGGGCAUUACAUCCUCAGUUGACACUGAAGCCAUCCAAGGGAAAGGCAGCUAUGAGGAUCGUGUUGAAAUGCUUCAUCUAAUCGUACAUCUUGUUGAAGCAAGCCAAUAUGCUGAUAAUCCAGAGUGGAGUGUUGAUGAGCAACUGGCAAAGGAUGUGCAGUUGGUAGAUUCAAUUGCAGAGAAACAAGCUCAAAUAUUUUCAGAAGAGUUGAAACUUUUUCCAGCUGAUGUGCAGAUUCAGUCUGUUUAUCCCUUACCAGACAUAUCUGAACUGGAGCUAAAACUCUCUGAACAUUCAAAGAAACUAUCAAAUUUGCAACAGAUGGUCCAGGAUUUAGCAUCUAAGUAUGAUUACAAUCCUAAUGAAGACUAUACAGAGGUAGAACUGAAGCUGAGGUCACAUUUGGAGUCUUUUCUCGAAACCGUUAAGUCCUUCACUUUGAUUUAUACGAAGGAGAUCCAUCCUUGGACACACAUGAUGGAAGUGCCACAGUUACAUGGGUUUGGCCCUGCUGCUAACCGCCUUUUGGAGGCCUAUAACACACUUCUGAAGUUUUUGGGAAACUUGAGAAGUGUUCGGGAUUCAUAUGCAGCCAUGUCCCUUGGAUCUCUACCAACAACCGAGGAGCCUUCAUCUAUCAUGAAAAUAAUUUUGGACUGCGAAUCUGCGCUGACAUUUUUAAACCGCAGCCUUUCCGUCCUUUCAACUUCAGUGGCUAGGGAGCAAGAAAAGGCCCUGUGAAUUUGCAUACAAAGAGGAGGUACAGGAGCAUGGAAUUGAUACUGUGGCUGGUCCAGUUUCUUGUCUUGCUCCUUUGUUUUCAAGCGGAGAGAAGAAAUGCCAGUGAAAACUACUGAAUUGAGAGUUUCCAGCGACUGAAAGCUCUUAGUUAAUAUGUCGGUCUCAAGACUGUUCCUGGAGAUCAAACUCUUUAGUUCUGAGGAUUUGACGAGUUUAUACUCUAAUGUUUAGGACGAGAUUGAACACAGUUCAUGUCCACUUUAUUCACUCCAGUCGGUCUAGCCGAAGCCAAACAUCUCAUUAACAUGAUUAAUAUAAAGCUUAUCUGUUCAA